AACAAAUUAAACAAUAAGUUCUUAGAGGAAAAACUCGAUAGAAUGGAGAAUAAGAUUAAGACAAUUGAAGAAUCAAUGAAUACAAAGAUUAAUACAAUCUCUGAAAAUGUGGACACAAUCUCUCGAGAAGUCAAACGAAUUGAUUCAGAAAGUGAUGGAAAACUAAGAAAAAUAAUGAAUAUUAUUAGCGAUACGUAUGAACUGAGCAAAGAUGUGACAAUGGUUUUGAAGGGCAGAUCCGGUGGUUAUAUUGGAAAUGGAGAUAAUGAUAGCCCGGACCAAAUGGAAGAGAUGCAGAAGAAACUGUUGGAACAAAUGAGUAUAAUUGAGACAUCAAUUUCACAGCAAGUGUCAAACGUAGCCAAAUUAGGCAAAGAGACGAUCACAUCGUUGGACAAUAUAAACAUUGAAAUGCUUACCAUUCGUGACGAAUGCACGACAAGACGACAGUCAACGCAACAGACGAGAAGCGAAUCCACUUUUGAUAGCUAUCAUCCAUCUCUUAAUAGCCACAGAGACACUCAUUCACCACAACAGUGUCCAACCGUUAAUAUAACAACUCUUCAGCACCAAAUGGAGACACAAUUGGGACAAAUUGGUGUCACAAUUGAAAAUGAAAUGACAAUAAUUGGCAGUAAAAUAGAGGAAUAUAUGAGUAGUUGCAAUACAAAUGUUCAUAACAACAAUAAGGGGCGAAGUAUUGCACCACAAGACUUACCACCAAUUAUCGUGAACAGCACCCAAUCGUUUGCACCAAAUAAUCAACGAAAGACCAUAAGUCCGGCCAAAAGACCGACCAAUCCUUCAGAUUGUCAGCACUCGUCCACAUUAUUAACGCCCAAAACCUGUUCUGAACUCAACAAAAGUGGUGCCAAUUGUGACGGCGUUUACGUGAUCUUCAUUGGGAACACUAAACUGUUAAGAGUCUAUUGCGAUAUGAGUGACAACGGGGGCGGAUGGACAGUAAUCCUCAGACGCGGAGACUUUGGCCGAAGACGUCAAAUAAGCUUUGAUCAGACGUGGAGUGGAUAUAAGGAUGGGUUUGGAGACAUGGAAUCGGGAGAGUUCUGGUUAGGUCUCGAUAAUAUCCAUCAGAUGACUGCCACUGAAGACUAUAUUCUUCAGGUGGAUCUCGAGUCGUUUGACGGCGAAUACGUGUCCCUCGUUUACGACAGAUUCAAAAUAGGCGGAGAAACAGACAAUUAUAGACUUCACUUGGGACACGCCAUACAGUCCAACACAACUAUAGCGCAGGCAUUGUUGGCCCACAACUCAUCCAUGUUCUCCACUCACGACAAGAACAACAACAUAAUCAGUGAUGAUAAUUGUGGGGCCAAAUUGCAAGGAGGAUGGUGGUUUCACAAUUGUCACAAUGCAUUUCUCACUGCACCCUAUUUUGCGAAACACAAACGACCGCACGUAUGGCAAGGCAUUCAAUGGCACUCUUGGAAACAUUCACAGCAUCUGAAAGCCGCCCAAAUGAAGAUCCGACCCAAACAUCACAACUAAUCAACUCUUUUAGUCAUUUCUCUCUCGCCUUACAUUUGAAUUAACUAAUUGUUUGGCAAAUAAUAUAUUUAUUUGAAGUCAAAUAUUUUUCUCAUUCACUGCGUUAAGUACUUAACACUUAAUUGAAGUGAUAGACAAU